GGUGAGCCUUAUCUGAACACCGCUUACAGCCACAUGAUUUGCUACUGGGAUGGCUCCAUUCAUUAUCUGAUGUAUCUUCUGAUGGUCGCAGCCAUUGCCUGGGAGGAAAAUUAUCGGAUGAUUGGCUUGUACUGGCUGGGAUCCAUCACAAUGAGCAUAAUUGUCUUUAUCCCCGGAAAUAUUGUGGGAAAAUAUGGAACAAGAAUGUGUCCUGUAUCUUUGUUAAGCGUGCCGUAUAUUUGCCUCCCAAUAUGGGCUGGUUUCAAAAUCUAUAAUCAACCAUCAGCAGCUGCCAAUUUUCCAACAAAGAUCAUUAAAGAAGUUCAGAAGCAGAAUCUUCUGAGAAGACCGACCGACUUUCUCUUGGCUUCCUAUUUCAUUUUUGCAACAGGAUUUUGCCUCUUCAGGGGCAUGAUUGUUUUGGACUGUCCAGGUGAACUGUGUCGACUUUACAGCCAACUUCAUGAGCCAUACCUCAAGGACCCUGCUGCCUAUCCAAAGCUUCAGAUGUUGGUCUAUAUGUUCUACUCAGUGCCAUACUACAUAAUUUCACUCUAUGGUCUGCUUGUACCUGGGUGCACCUGGAUGCUCGAUUUAACUCUUAUUCAUGCCGGAGGACUAGCUCAGGCUCAGUUCUCACACAUUGGUGCUUCCAUACAUGCCAGAACGCCCUACAUCUACAGAGUCCCUGAUGAAGGGAAGCUGUGGUUUUUCAUUCUCAAUGUGAUCCAUGGAGUCCUCCCGCAGCUGUUUGUGUAUCGCUGUAUCCGCAGCCCUGAGUUUUUCAUGAAAGCCCAGCUGGAAGAGAAGGUGGACUAAGAAGAUGGCAUCAAAACUGUGGGGUGUUGCAAGGAAGGGGUUGCCAGUUGGAACAAAAGUGUACUGAAAAUAAAAGACUUCUGUCUUUCAUAAUAUUUCUCAAGAGCUUGCUUCCAGAUUCUGUGGGAAUCUCUUUCUCCAAAUAGAAUCGGUUUAGUUUGGGACUUACCCCAUGAGGUAGUGAUGGGGGGUGAUGUUUAAAUCAUUCAAGAAAGCAGCCCCUUCGCUCCCCCAGGCAACUAACGCUUCUGGUGUUGUCCGAACUCUUGUUAAUAAAACUCCCUCAUCCAUUUUUCUAAUCUCCCUCUGUACCAAUUUCAUUUUCAACCACACAGGUGAU